AUGAAAAAUCAUACAAAAGAGAUAGAGUUUAUCCUUCUGGGACUGACAGAUAAUUCUCUGUUACAAAUUGUAUUGUUCUUAUUUCUAUUUCUAAAUUACAUGCUAAGUAUGAUAGGAAACUUAACCAUCAUUGCCCUUACUCUACUGGAUUCUCACCUCAAGACCCCAAUGUAUUUUUUCCUCCGUAAUUUCUCUUUCCUGGAAAUUUCUUUCACAAGUGUUUGCAUCCCCAGGUUCCUAAUCACCAUUGUAACCAGAGAAAAGUCCAUUUCCUAUAAUGGCUGUAUAUCUCAGUUGUUUUUUUACAUAUAUUUGGGCAUUAUAGAAUUUUUCCUUCUGGCAGCUAUGUCCUAUGACCAUUAUGUUGCCAUCUGCAAACCUUUGCAUUAUACAUCCAUCAUGAGCAACAGAAUUUGUCAUCAGAUUGUACUCAGUUCCUGGGCAACUGGAUUUCUGGUUGUUUUUCCUCCACUGAUUUUUGCUCUUAACCUGGAUUUCUGUGCCUCAAAUAUCAUUGAUCAUUUCAUUUGUGACAUUUCUCCUGUCCUGCAACUUUCUUGCUCAGACACACAUUUGCUAGAACUGAUUGCUUUUUCCUUAGCUGUGAUGAUCCUCAUUGUCACGUUGUUAUUAGUAAUCCUUUCUUACUCUUACAUCAUCAAGACAAUUCUAAAAUUCCCUUCAGUUCAGCAAAAGAAAAAAGCCUUUUCGACCUGCUCUUCUCACAUGAUUGUUGUAUCCAUCACUUAUGGUAGUUGUAUAUUCAUGUACAUAAAGCCAUCUGCAAAUGAAAGAGUCACUUCAAGCAAAGGAGUAGCGGUGCUCAAUACUUCAGUUGCCCCUAUGUUGAAUCCAUUCAUUUAUACUCUGAGAAACCAGCAAGUUAAACAAGCCUUCAGAGAUGUAAUCGACCGGGCACUUUUCUCCAAGUGCAAGCGAUUGAGCUCUUUCCUCUAAGCGUGACCAGAGGACAGGGAGAUGGGGGCGGUUUGGCGCUUUUCUCUGAGGGUGCACGGAGGAGCGGGACUCCGAGCUCUCGGCUCCUCCAGGCCGGAGAUUGGGAAGCCACCAUCUUCAUUCCCAUCCUCUGGAACUCUACGGAAAAUGCUCAGGGAACAAAAGCUCCUUAAAGCAAACCUGAGCGGAUUACUUAGCCCGGCCUCUGGUAAGGAUGGUGCAAUUCCAUCUGGGGCAAA